UCGGAGAUUUGUCGGGACAUGCUAAGUACGUUCUUAAAACAAACUUAAACUAAUCUCAUGUUAGUAAUCCAAUCUUAUUCUAUAAAAACACUCGCACUCAAAACAAGCACGCACACUCAGAACCCACCACAAACCAAAACAGAGAGCUCUUAUGGCGACGUUGAUUGGCAACCUCACCCCCGCGUUUCUUCUGAGUCGACUCGGUAACUCGAGGCCCUGUGUUGUUAAGCUCAGGCCUUGCACCGCACCGGUUUUCAGACGCUCUUUCGCCGCAAUUACUGCUCGUGCUGCUUCCACCGCCUUCAUUGAAGUCGAGCCAACGGAUACAAAUCCAAUUCUGGUUCAAAAUGAGGUCACCACCAGCAGCAAUAACAUUUUAGCUUGUCCUAUAUGCUUCGACCAAUUUUCGAGUUCCGGUGAUCCGGGCUUAUCUGUGGACUCCGCUUCCGGGUCUAGUUUUCAAUGUAGCACUUGUAAGAAGACUUACUUUGGCAAUCAAACACAUAUUGACCUGACAACAGCCAGUGGCUCCAAGAACUAUGGUGAAUCAAUGCCGGUUUCCACAGAGCUUUUCAGGACUCCGUUGGUAUCAUUCCUCUAUGAGAGGGGCUGGCGUCAAAGCUUUUCUGUCUGGGGUGGUUUUCCCGGCCCAGAGAAAGAGUUUGAGUUGAUUAAGGAUUUCUUAAAGCCGGUCUUGGGUGGAAAUAUCAUUGAUGCAAGUUGUGGGAGUGGGCUACUUUCUAGACUUUUUGCAAAGAGUGGAUUAUUUUCUCUUGUUGUUGCUUUGGACUACUCGGAGAACAUGUUGAAACAGACCUAUGAAUUCAUUAAGAAGGAGGAGAAUUUCCCAGAAGAGAACAUAAUUUUGGUCAGAGCUGAUAUUUCUAGGCUUCCCUUUGCUACAAGUUCUGUUGAUGCUGUGCAUGCUGGUGCUGCCCUACACUGUUGGCCUUCACCAUCAACAGCUGUUGCUGAAAUCAGUCGAGUUCUGAGACCCGGUGGUGUGUUUGUUGCAACUACUUACAUACUUGAUGGGCCUUUAUCUUAUAUCCCAUUUUUGAGGAAUAUAACUCAGAGAACAAAGCAAAUAUCAGGCAGCCAAAUCUUCACAUCUGAACGUGAAUUAGAAGAUCUCUGCAAAGCAUGUGGGCUAGUUGGUUAUACCUGCUUGAGGAAUGGGCUCUUUGUGAUGAUUUCUGCUACAAAACCCAGUUAAGCCACAAGCAUCUCCCUUGCUUGUAUAGAAUUGUAUAGGCAUUUGAAUUUGUUCCUAUGGAAGUUGGUCGUCAUAAAGAAACAUAAAUACUACAUCAGAUGGUAUUCAAAAAUUGGAAAUUUA